GGAAGUGCUUACAACUUUCAAGUUACGUUUUGCAAACAGAAGACAGCAUGGCGAAUCCAGGUGGUCUGUUGCAGCAGCUAAGGCAUAUUGCUAGCAGAAUGUCCUCUAGUCCAAGAGGUGCUGGACUUGGUGUCAAACUACUUAUUGGGGCAGGAGCACUUGCUUAUGGCUUCAAGGAAGCCACAUACACAGUGGAAGGUGGCCAGAGGGCUAUCGUCUUCAACAGGAUUGGUGGGAUGCAGAUGGACACAGUACUGGCUGAGGGACUACACUUGAGGAUACCAUGGUUUCAGUAUCCCAUCAUAUAUGACAUUAGAGCAAGACCCAGGAAGAUAUCAUCCCUCACUGGAAGCAAGGACCUGCAGAUGGUGAACAUCGCCCUGCGCGUGCUGUCCCGGCCUCUGGCCUCCAACCUGCCCUCCAUGUACCAGCAGCUGGGGAAGGACUACGAUGAGAGGGUGCUGCCCUCCAUCGUCAACGAGGUGCUGAAGAGUGUGGUGGCCAAGUUCAACGCCUCACAGCUCAUCACCCAGAGAGCCCAGGUGUCUCUGCUCAUCAGGCGAGAGCUCUAUGAGCGGGCAAAGGACUUCAACAUCAUCCUUGAUGACGUGGCCAUCACCGAGCUGAGUUUCAGCAGGGAGUAUACUGCUGCAGUGGAGGCCAAGCAAGUCGCCCAGCAGGAGGCGCAGAGGGCCCAGUUCUACGUGGAGAAAGCCAAGCAGGACCAGAGACAGAAGAUCAUCCAAGCUGAGGGAGAAGCUCAGGCUGCCAAAAUGUUGGGAGAGGCAGUGACAAAGAACCCUGGAUACCUGAAACUGCGGAAAAUCAGAGCAGCCCAGAACAUAGCAAAGACGGUGGCGACAUCACAGAACAAGGUGUACCUUAGUGCAGACAGCCUGGUUUUGAACCUCCAAGAUAACUUGAGCUUCAACAAUUUGACGUUGCAGAAGUAAAAUAAAGCAUCUCUGAAGAGUGUAUGCAUUCCUCAUGUCACGUUUGAGCCAUCUGUGGAUCACGUUUCACUCCUUCACUUCAGCGGUGCUGAACACAGGUCCUGAGGGAGACCCAUGUUUACAGGUUGUCAGCCCAGAUGCUGUCAGUGAAUAAGGCCCAAUUUGUGUUGUUAAGGACUCAUUUCUGGGAUCAUGUUACAAAAGUAAGCCUGGUUUACCUCAAUCAUAAUUGCCAGGUUUUUAUAGAUGAACUGAACAAAUUUCCUUAUUACAGUGCCUCAAUAUGGUUGGGUUUAAGCAAGGCAUCAUAAUGGCAGUAAAUCGAGUGAGUUCUCUCCAUCAGUGUUGUCACUACACGCCUGCCUUGAAUGAAUUAGGUAGUCUCAGAGAACAACCUAUUUGGGUCCUUUGUCCUAUGAACAAAGGGAAUUUACAUAAUCUAUAGUUGCCUACAUUUGUGCUUUUGUAACAGAUGACGUUUUGUCACACAGUUACCGUGUUUCAUACUUCUGACAUGUCUCAAUCUCAGGUUAACAAAGUCCCUUCAAAUGCCAAUUACUAUUUAUAUCAAGUGUGGAAAAAAUGUGCUUGGAUUUCUUUAUACACAAUAUUUACC